AAAAAAAAAAAAGCUGUCUACGCCAUAGGAAGAAUAUUGUCCUUACAACUGUUACAAGUCCUUCAUUUUGAAACAUUUAUUUUGAUUUAUAAACUACCUAAUUAUAUUUUACUAAUAGAUAUUUUUAAAUGCUAGAUAUCUGCUUAAAAAAUGUACCCACUGCCCCUAUCCUUUUUCUAUAAAACCGGGCGAACUAUACCUUUAUUACCAUAAAUGGCGACUUCUCGUUCUGAUCAUCUAGCCAGCUAUAUUUCCUUUGUCUUCACCAUUUUCCUUACCUUCAAUAUAGCGAAAGCCCAAUCCAACGUAACACGAGGUUCCUCUUUAAGGCCUACAGGUGCGACCACCUCAUGGUUGUCGCCAUCGCAACUAUACGCCUUUGGUUUCUACCCACAGACUGGUGGCUACGCCGUCGGUAUUUAUAUUGCCGGAAUUGCAGAAAGAACUGUGGUAUGGACGGCUAGACGCGACACCCUUCCACUCUCCAAUAAUUCUACUUUGACUUUCACAACCGAUGGAAGGCUCGUGAUCGUGGACCAAACACAAGACCAACAGAUCAGUAUCUAUAGUUCCGGCAGUGCUUCUAUUGCUUCCAUGCAAGAUUCCGGCAACUUUUUGCUCUAUGGUUCCGACCGGAGGACGAUAUUAUGGCAAAGCUUUGACCACCCUACUGAUACCCUUUUGGUUGGACAGCGUCUUGUACCCGGUCAAGAUUUAAUUUCUUGUGUCUCGGAGACUGACUACUCCAUUGGGAUUUUCAAGCUCAGUAUGCAAUCCGAUGGGCACCUUGUCCUAUACCCGAAUUCAGGGUUUCCAAAUGGGCCUACCACUGCAUACUGGGGGUCUGGAACCUUCGACAAGGGACCUAACGUGACACUGAAUCUUGAUUCUGGUGGCUUUCUGUACUUGUUGCAAAAUUCAACUUUUUAUAUCAUGAAUCUAACGCAAGAAGGCUAUUCUACAGAAGAUGCAAUCUAUCGCAUGAAAAUUGACGUCGACGGCAUCUUUCGAAUUUAUUUUCAUAAUUUAAGUAGCACGAGCCAUAAUGAAUCAGUCAUAUAUGAAUUUUCUACAGACAAGUGUAUUGGGCGGGGACUUUGUGGCGUAAACGCGUAUUGUGAUGUCAUGAACGACGCUGCGAGAUGCAGAUGUUUACCAGGAUUUGAUUUUGUAAAACCUGGGUCUUGGUCUUCAGGUUGCAAAAGAUAUUACACAGCAGAAACCUGCAAAAUUCCUGAAGGAGAUAAAGGUAACUUUUCUCAGAUGACAAGGUUGCCUAAUAAUACGCAAUGGGAAGAUGCGGCAUAUGCUCUCCCAAAAGCAUCAAACCAAGAAGAGUGUUCACUUGCUUGUAUGAAUGACUGCAAAUGCGAGGCGGCGCUGUUCACACCACCUGAGAGUUGCAGGGUGCAGAGGCUCCCUAUAAGAUACAUUCGAGUAGGAGAUAGUGAGUCAAAUGUCGGAUUGAUUAAAGUAUACGUGGCUUCUGUAAAUAACGGAUCGGAUCCAACUAAUUAUCCAUCAGACCAGGUCAGGAAAGUGCGACAAGUGAAAUUCUUGGUUAUAGGGGUUUCACUUGUCUCAGUUGCAGUACUCGUUUUGCUACUUUCUGGAGUAAUCAUGUGGAGAUCUCACGUUUGGGCAUACAAAAAGAUUUCUGAGCAUGUAAAUGUUCAAUUGUUCGAGGAUGUUGGGCUCCGGGCAUUUUCAUAUGCAGAGCUAGAGAGAAUGACAAAUGGUUUUAAAGAAGAAUUGGGUAGAGGAUCAUUUGGAAUAGUGUACAAAGGAAUAAUAGAGAGCCACAUGAAGAUGGUGGCUGUGAAGAAAUUGAAGAAAGAGUUGGCACAAGAAGGGGAAAGAGAGUUUCAAACUGAAAUGAAAGUGAUUGGGAGAACUUAUCAUCGUAAUCUAACAAGGCUGCUAGGUUAUUGCUGUGAUGGUCCCGAAAGGCUCCUCGUUUUGGAGUACAUGACCAGAGGAUCACUUGCGGAUGUAUUAUUUCAUUACAAAGAAAGCAAGCCAUGUUGGACAGAGAGAAUUAGGAUUGCUUUAGACAUUGCCCAUGGCAUCUUCUACUUACAUGAAGAAUGUGAAACACCCAUAAUUCACUGUGAUAUCAAGCCUCAAAAUAUCCUCAUGGACGAGUAUGGAUGUGCCAAGAUUUCCGACUUUGGAUUGGCAAAACUACUCGAACAUGACCAAACUAAAACAUCCACCUUGAUAAGAGGAACAAGGGGUUAUGUUGCGCCUGAAUGGCACAAGAAGCUCCCCAUAACAGUUAAAGUGGAUGUGUAUAGUUUUGGAAUUGUUCUUUUCGAGAUUUUAUGUUGUCGAAGGAAGCUUGACAACGACCUUCCUUAUGAGGAAGCUAUUCUCGAAGAAUGGGUCUACGAAUGUUAUAAAGCAAAUGAAUUAGGAAAACUAGUUAAUGAUGAGGAUGUAGAUAGAAGCUCACUAGACCGGAUGAUCAAGAUAGGCCUUUGGUGCAUUCAAGAGGAUCCGUCCCUCCGCCCCUCUAUGAAGAGAGUGGUGUUGAUGCUUGAAGGGACUGUCAAAAUCCCAAUACCUCCCAAACCUACUUCAUUCUUGAGUAUCAUUUAGUGUGCACUUUCAUUAUCUUUUCACUACAACAAUAACCGGCAAUAGCAGCGAGGCCUUUAGCAGCGACAAAAAAGAAAGGCGUUUUUUGUCGCUGCUAAAAGUCCCCGUCGCCGCUAAAUGUUUAUUUUGGCGAUCCAUGUCAUUUCAAUUUCAUCCGUCGAUUUAAGAGAUGAUCCUACGACUAGGAUGACAUAAGAAAUCCGGCAUUGUUUUCCCUCCGGUGUGUCGCUGCUAAAGAGUGCACGUCGCCGCUAAAGGCUUAUUUUGGCGAUCCGUGUCAUUUCAAUCUCAUCUGUCGAUUUAAGAGAUGAUCCAACGACGUAGAAAACUCUGUGUUGUUUUCCCUCCCAUGUGUCGCCGCUAAAGACCGUCGACAAUAAAACCCCUCUCUUCAUUUUUCUGUGUUCUCCCUUCUUUCUCACCAUUAUCGUCGACCUCAUCGGAAUUUGACAAAGAACUUUGCAAUUUCACCCAUCUUUGCUCCAUUUUUCUCCAUUUCCUUUUCCUUUUCACUUCUCUUUAUUAAAUUUCUAGCAUUGAUGUGUAUUUAUAUGUGUAUUUUGUGUUUGUAGAGAUGGAUGUGUAUUUGUAUGUAUAUGUGUAUUUUGAAUGUAUUUUAUGUGUAAUGACCCAAUUUUCACGUCUAAAAAUUUCAUUUUUGAUUAAGUGAUUUGCAAGACAUUUGUAACAAAAUAUCAACAGAUCAUAUAAAAACAUGUCUUGAGUCUGAAAACUAAAUCGUAAAACAUAAUAAUAUCAGAGUACAGUUCCCAGAAUAACUCAUAGUGCGGAAAACAAUGUGUGUGUAUGAUGUGCCGCUACCGUGCCAGCUCC